GACUCUUCAUUCUCUUCAUUCCUGAGCUUAUCCGUCGUCCUCUGCUUCCGGUCAAAGCUCCACUCUGCAGCUCUUCACUUGCUCUUUCCCUCAAGAAACCUUACUGAUGAACAUUCACUCGCAAACACCAUGGCUGACUCUUCAGAGCCUCACCCCAGGCCUUCCCAACACCCUUCAACCGCUUCGAGCUUACAAUAUCCCACUCUCCCUCCGUUGAGUGCCUCUGUAGAGGAGUGGUUAUCGCGAUCGCGGCCUAUCAGUAUGACGUCAACUCCAAUGGAACACCACUCCAAGUCCCUAAGCGAAAGCUGGGCGACGAUGAGUGCAUCCGACGUACACUCAGAAGAUGGCACUCGUUCUGAACAGACGGAUCUUGGGUCUUUGAUCGAUCAGACCGGUCCUGAUGACGUAGCAAGUCUUGAUGGCCGGUCCAGCCACAGCGACAUGGAUACCAAUGACGAGGAUGGGUUUGAUGGUGAUGGCUAUGAGUCCAGGAGCAACGUUUCAGUGUCCCAGGAACUCGCAUCGGCCUUCCCUCACAUAAGAAACUCGAUCGAUGACAGCAACCUAACUACCAAGACGGCUUUACGGCAGUCGGUUGAGUCCAUCGAGUUCAUUGAACCGGAGAACUGGCCCGAGAUUGAACGGGUAGAACUGAAGCAUACCAUCCGAGUGUUCGAAGGAUCUGACACAGCAGAACUGGAGCAGGAGCUUCCUCACAGGUCAGAAGGCUCCACUGUCACGGCCACUGUGCAGCAGACUAUGACUCGGAAAAGCCUUGACACCGACAAGCCUUUCCAUGUGGUAUAUAUUGGCAGCCCUGAAUUUCGAAACAUCAUUCUCGACAAAAUCGGGGAUGUUUUAGUAUCCAGCACCUAUAGCGGUUUCGAGAGCAGUUCGACAGAGUCGUCCAGGUAUCACGUCGUCCCAACAUCCUUCGGCGCAGGCGCAGUUCCCAAUUUUGCCGAGCUCCUCCCCAUUCAUGUCCAGCUUAUUGUGGACGAAUGCACCGAGGCUACCGCGGAUCCCCAUAUGGACAAACCCAGCACGAUCACACUCCAAUUCAAGGGUCGGCCGCCGUGCUCUUCGAUGUGGUCAGGGGCCGAUUAUUGUAUCUCAUCUUCGGUGCAAUGGGCGCUCCCUGAUGUCGCCAUCUUUUUCCUAUCUGGCACUGAUACUCCCGAAGACAUUGAGACCCAGAAAAUGGCCCGCAUACUCAUGGAACGCCACGGUAUUCCGGCUAUGGUCAUCUCGGAAAAGCCGCUCUGGACGAUGUCUAGAGACCCUGUUCCUCUUAAUCCCCAUAGUCUCCACAUGUGUCUGGAAUUCCGCAAUGCCCUGGACGGGAAGUCCAAGGUACUCAGGAGGUAUCCUAUCGAUCUGAAGACCUUUGAAAGUAUUACACCCGGGCAACUCAACAGGAACCUGGCGUCCCUAGCAACCAUCUGUCCCAGAAAACCAUGUCAAAUGGCGUUGGAGAAUCUGGAUUCCCCUCGCACCAACUCAUUCUGGGAAUGGUGCACGUCCAUCCAUAAAGACCUCUCUCGUCCUUAUAUUGGCGACUAUGGGGUGUCGAUGUCUGCGUAUCGCUUCAUUGCUUUCAGUAUCCUAUCUAUUGUAUUCGUAUUCUUAGGCCAUACAGCCAUGCUGGCCGCUAACUCGACCUUUUCUCGACAAUAUGCUGACCAUACACUAACCAAAGCUGUCACCCCUGUUUCGAGCAGUGUCCCAGCUACCAGCUUCUUGCACACGGUGACAUCACUUUCCGUGUUGCCUUCAUCGCUUGGCGACCACGAGCUGCGAGGGGAUGUGAGCAGCAACACGCUAUUACACGACCUGAUAGAAGGCGUACAGUAUGUUUCCGAACGGCAGGAAAUGACGGACUCGUUUGAAAUCCAGGUGGUCGGUGAUUGUCAUCUUGUAAUCAAGCCGCCUCACAAACUUGGCAAAAAACAGCCAAAGUUUAACGUCCAAGUCAGUCGGAAUGGCAAGCCUCUCGAGUAUGAACUCUCGAUGUUAUUCGAUGGGGUGUACACGCUGAAACUAGAUCGUGCGGAUGCAUACGGUCAGGUGGAUGUGAUGCUAACUACGAUUACAACGAAACCCCACAUACAGACAACAUCUGUGGACUUCGGGACGCCAUGGUUGAAAAUCCAGAACUGGAAACGCGCCGCACAUCUUAUUGCCUCUCAGAUUUUGCGAGACUUUGCCACUGCGCAGACCGGACUGUCCGAGGUCUAUGGUCGGGUCUGCACCGAUUUGCAAGUGCUCAUGGGUGAUGUUGUAAGAAGGGCCCACUUCCUACGGAAAGAGGCGUCUACUUUGCGACCCGAGUCGGUGCAAAUAUCCCGCGAAACGAAGGACAUAGUAGUGUCCCGAUCAGAGCAGUUUACUGAAGUCGUCAAGAAAGGUGCCGUGCAGCCACUUUUAGCUGUCUCGUCUGCCCUACAGGCUCAGACCCAUAAAGUGCAUACAGGAGCCAGAGAGAUGAUGAGUGGCACAUGGGACAAGAUCAGCUCUCAUGCACAUGCACUUGAUCUUGGUGCAGUGAAAGAACGCCUCCGAGAUGCGAGGAAAUGCAAGGCUUUGGAUACGGCGCAGAAGAGAGCCCGAAGUUUGGUGAGGCGGAGGUCUUGUCAGCAGUCGGAGUGUUCGCAAUAGGGCUAUUGUCGCUGUGCCUCAUGAUUGGCGGCCACCAUUUCGGCAGUAGUUUUUUCAGAAUAACAUUCAUUCCUUUCAUGUAAUUUCCUAUGUUGAUUGCUUCUUGGGCUGGUUUAUUGGGGUUGCUCGCAGGCGAAAGGAUGGGUCAGAUAUCAGGGUCGGACUGAAUCAUGGGAUAAAUUCCUGAAAUACAUGCUGGAUUAUGUAUCAGUGGAGUAUGUUGAAACUUGCCACGUGCAUGUCCGUUUCGAUUUUCCUCGAGAGUGAAUUCGGUCUAGAUGUCUCUCUGUAAGGAGUAGUGAUAGAAAGUUAUAGUUACUGCGGAUCGCCCGCCGGCAUCAGCAAAGCCAGACUUGCAGGGCGGUGGCGCUAGUGCGGCCUUAGGCGCUUAGGCAAUGAACCUACCCACCUCAAAACAACCCCG